AUGGAAUCUGAAAAUUCAAAGUAUGUUAUGUUCUGAUCUUUAUAAUUGUAUACGGUUCUCGUGAAACGAUUAAAAUUCCGAAUUUUUCCCGAUACAUCGAUUUCCGGAAACAAUAAUAAACUAAUGGACACUAUCCGUCCGGUGUAUACUAUUAAUAGACCCUGCCGAAAAUCGAACCAUAAAGCCUGUAGUUUACCACACAUGCCGGUUUUCCGGCGUGUGCGUUCUUAAUUCCGUGUAUAAUGUUCAUGGAUUUAAAUUAAAAGCCGAUAGACCGGGGUAAAUUCCCCCGAGUUUGUAAAUAACCGUACGUGUAUAAUUUAUCGGUACGGCAAAUUUCCCGUUCCGAAACUCAUUCGUUUCCGUUAAGCUGUGUACUGGAAGGUACACGAGACUCGCGCGCAGAAUAGUGCGAUUCGUUUACCACGCACGCGUACCGACCUGUUUGCACUGAUCCGUCGGCACGAUAUGGUAUUAAAAAAUACAUUUUCAUAUAGAACAACGGUGGAUAUUUAAAUGAAUUUGCAUGUUCAUAAUAUAGGCCGGCUAUGAAACACAGCUACAAUCUAGGUAGCUACCUAGAUUGUACCAAAAUGUUUUCCAUCACCUAAUGACUCUAUGGUAUUGUAACUUUUGCAUAUUACACCGUUUUCGAUUUUUGGAACAUAUUUCAGGAUUAUGUAUAUUCUUAGAGGCUCUAAGACGUAUCAUUUUUAACAUGAUUUUAACUACCGAAUGUAUCUAAAGCGAGUCUAAAUCUAUUGGUUAGAAUUUAGUGUGUGUGUUUUUUUUUUUUCUUGUGUUUUAAGCAAUUUUUCGACCCAGAUAACUCGAUUCAAUAGAAUAAUCACAAGGGACUUUUUUUGAUUUUUCAAACAGUUAAUAAUUUGGUAAUAAUUGUUUGAUAACUUGUUUUUUACCAAACGUCACAUUGAUCAUUAAUUUUACAAAUAUUAAAUAUUCCUGGACGUAUUACGUAGGCACAAUACGUAUGGCUGGAAAAUAUAAUUCCGGCGAGUAGUAUAGAUUUGUAUGUUCUAUCCCGCAGCAAAACGCCCCGUGAAACUGAUAAAUGUGGCAUCUCGGUUUUGGCGAAAUUCGAGACCCAGCGAUAUUGUCCGACUUACUUUUCCAGUAAAACGCUGCAUAAAACCGAAAGAUUUAGCCUCUCUGAUUUGGCCGAAAAGUUGAGACCCAGCGUUUUGUUGCUAAAGUAA